GGGAAUUUCCGACCAAUUGAAGCGAAGAACAAGCGCGAGGUGUCGAUUUCUUGUGGCGCCGAUUGGUCCAUGCAGUUUUCAGGACGAGAUCCCUAGAUCCUAGUGAGUUUCAAUUUCCCGAGAAUCCCGAGGAGGCAUGCCUGUGCUGGAAUUUCAAAACGCGGGAAUCGGGAUGGUAAACAGUGACAGUUGACAGCCCCGCGUGGUCCCGCGUUCGUGAGAUUGCUCGAUCGCUGGCGUGAAUUCGUGUCAUUUUCGACUCGUGCAUGCAUACGACGCGCGAUGUAUUCGUCGAGGGAAGUGGUCGCAUAGCCUCGGCAUGCGAUCGCGGCGAGAACCGGGCGUCGCGCACCUAAAAACGCACUUGAACGGUAUCUCCGUCGCGCGCGAACGAUGGAGCUCGACGAGCUGGAGCGGUCCGUGAAGCGGCUGAACGCGGUGGUCGACGGGUUCCCGAUCGGCGCGGCCUCGCUGGACGAUUUCAAGCCGAUCGAGGAGAAGAUCCGAGCUGCCAGGGAGUCGCUGAUGCGCCUGAACGCCAGGUCGUUAAUGCUUAGAGCGAAGUACAAACAGUACAUCGACAAUGGACGCGAAGAAGACGAGGAUGAAGCCGGAGACGCGUUGCAGAGUGUCGUGAGCGACACGCUCAUCAAUGCCAAGGCCAUCAAGUUGUGCCUUCACAGCACUACCGUCCUCUCUAUUCUCAGCAAUAAGGAGGGCAAUGCGGAGGAUCAAGAGAAGCUCCAUACCUACAUGAGUAAAUUGUUGAGUCUCAACGACAGUGUUUUGACCAUUCAGAAGACCAUCGAGGAAGCGUCUCGAGUGCAGCUGGAUCUGAAAGUCGAAUGUCAAAAGACGCUGUUUAACUACAAGAAUUUUCUCAAGGAGCAGGAGCAGCUGCGAAGCGAGAGACUGCAGAAGACGAAUCCCGGGAUUGUGGAAAAUAAAGAUAAAAUGGAAAGAACAAUACGGAAGAUAAAUAUAAUGAAGAAACUCAUUAGAAACUUCGUAGCGGUGUCCGGUUACAUGCUAGCGAAGGAGCCGAUACUGCUGAAAAUGCUGGAGAAUCAUAGAGAAUUGAUGAACAUCGAAACGAUAGUGAAAAUGUCACAAAGUAACGAAGAGAGAUAGAGCCCUCCGAUCGGUUUACACCGAUCACUUGAUACGCAUAGUAAACAACUAGUAAAUUAGUUUGAUUAUUGGCUGAUCAGCUCAAAUAUACCAUUUGAUACGCGUAUCAAGAGAUCGGUGUAAACUAGGCCAGAAAGACAAAUAAAAGAAAUCUCGGAGGAAGUACGCAGGAACUUUCAUUAAGAACUUUUUUUCUUCUUACUCGCUAAGCGUAAUAGACACAACACAUAUUUACAAGAAUAAGCUUCCACGCAAGUCUCAAUGUCUUUCUUAUUUCCGUCUCCUCAUUCUGUUUUUUUUUUUUUU